AUGCGUGAGGCCAUCUGCAUCCACAUCGGCCAGGGCGGCGUGCAGAUCGGAAAUGCCUGCUGGGAGCUUUUCUGCCUCGAGCAUGGCAUUCAGCCGGACGGGCAGAUGCCCAGUGACAAGACCAUUGGAGGCGGAGAUGACGCCUUCAAUACCUUCUUCUCAGAGACGGGUGCGGGCAAGCACGUCCCGCGCUGCGUCAUGGUGGAUCUCGAGCCGACCGUCGUGGAUGAGGUGCGCACCGGCACGUACCGUCAGCUUUUCCACCCGGAGCAGUUGAUCUCUGGCAAGGAGGACGCGGCAAACAAUUUCGCACGCGGACACUACACGAUCGGGAAGGAGAUUGUCGACCUGGUGCUCGACAGGAUCCGCAAGUUGGCCGACAACUGCACCGGCUUGCAGGGCUUCUGCGUGUACAAUGCCUGCGGCGGAGGCACCGGCUCCGGCUUGGGCUGCCUGAUGCUUGAGCGCCUGUCCGUGGACUACGGAAAGAAGAGCAAGAUUUCCUUCACGGUCUGGUGCUGCCCCCAGGUGGCAACAGCAGUGGUCGAACCAUACAACACGGUCCUGUGCGUCCACUCCUUGUUGGAGCACACAGAUGUGACCAUCAUGUACGACAACGAGGCCCUGUAUGACAUUUGCCGCAGGAACUUGGACAUUGAGCGCCCGACCUACACGAACCUGAACCGUCUCAUCGCCCAGAUCAUCAGCUCCCUCACGGCCAGCCUUCGCUUCGACGGAGCCUUGAACGUCGACAUCACCGAGUUCCAGACGAACCUGGUGCCCUACCCGCGCAUCCACUUCAUGUUGACGUCCUACGCCCCGGUCAUCUCCGCAGAGAAGGCCUACCACGAGCAGCUCUCCGUGGCCGAGAUCACGAUGUCCGUCUUUGAGCCGGCUUCCAUGAUGGUCAAGUGCGAUCCCCGACAUGGGAAGUACAUGGCCUGCUGCAUGAUGUACCGUGGCGACGUGGUGCCCAAGGACGUGAACGCCGCAGUGGCCACCAUCAAGACCAAGCGCACCAUCCAGUUCGUGGAUUGGUGCCCGACCGGCUUCAAGUGCGGCAUCAACUACCAGCCGCCAACCGUUGUCCCAGGUGGAGACCUGGCCAAGGUCAUGCGCGCGUGCUGCAUGAUCUCGAACUCCACCGCCAUCGCGGAAGUCUUCUCGCGCAUCGACCACAAGUUCGACUUGAUGUACUCGCCUCUCGGCCAACGAGAGAAGCGCGCCUUCGUCCACCACUACGUCGGCGAAGGUAUGGAGGAGGGCGAGUUCUCCGAGGCCCGCGAGGACCUGGCGGCCCUGGAGAAGGACUACGAGGAGGCCGGGCUCUUUGCGGCUGUGGGGCCAACCUUUUCUUCGCAAGAGGUCCCAGGUCACGUGGCCGAUUUGGUUGAACGUUUCUUUGAACUGUUGGGCGAGCAUGUGAUAUCCAUUUUUGCCGAGGGAGAAGGCGAGGAAGAAGGAUACGGAGACGAGCCCUGUGACUCCGUGAUGCUGGUGUGCACGGCAGGAUCGGUGUUUGAGCUCCAACAGUUCGCGACCUUCCAGUCUUUCGACUUCGGUGGCGUGCAGAUCGGAAAUGCCUGCUGGGAGCUUUUCUGCCUCGAGCACGGCAUUCAGCCGGACGGGCAGAUGCCCAGUGACAAGACCAUUGGAGGCGGAGAUGACGCCUUCAAUACCUUCUUCUCAGAGACGGGUGCGGGCAAGCACGUCCCGCGCUGCGUCAUGGUGGAUCUGGAGCCGACCGUCGUGGAUGAGGUUCGCACCGGCACGUACCGUCAGCUUUUCCACCCGGAGCAGUUGAUCUCCGGCAAGGAGGACGCGGCAAACAAUUUCGCACGCGGACACUACACGAUCGGGAAGGAGAUUGUCGACCUGGUGCUCGACAGGAUCCGCAAGUUGGCCGACAACUGCACCGGUUUGCAGGGCUUCUGCGUGUACAACGCCUCUGGGCCGCUCCAAGAUUCUUUCCAGUUUCUCUGGCGCCUGUCCGUGGACUACGGAAAGAAGAGCAAGAUUUCCUUCACGGUCUGGUGCUGCCCCCAGGUGGCAACAGCAGUGGUCGAACCAUACAACACGGCGCCUCGAGCCUUGGCAUUUGUUUUGGACACUUUGCCUGGACAGUUGGGGCGGCUCUCCUCGGCCGGGCUCUUGAGAGAACGGGCCAUGUCCUGCCCAGCUCACCUCCGCCGCAGGAACUUGGACAUUGAGCGCCCGACCUACACGAACCUGAACCGUCUCAUCGCCCAGAUCAUCAGCUCCCUCACGGCCAGCCUUCGCUUCGACGGAGCCUUGAACGUCGACAUCACCGAGUUCCAGACGAACCUGGUGCCCUACCCGCGCAUCCACUUCAUGCUGACGUCCUACGCCCCGGUCAUCUCCGCAGAGAAGGCCUACCAUGAGCAGCUCUCCGUGGCCGAGAUCACGAUGUCCGUCUUUGAGCCGGCUUCCAUGAUGGUCAAGCAUCUCGGCCGACUUGAGCUGGUAAGCAGGUGCGAUCCCCGACAUGGGAAGUACAUGGCCUGCUGCAUGAUGUACCGUGGCGACGUGGUGCCCAAGGACGUGAACGCCGCAGUGGCUACCAUCAAGACCAAGCGCACCAUCCAGUUCGUGGAUUGGUGCCCGACCGGCUUCAAGUGCGGCAUCAACUACCAGCCGCCGACCGUCGUCCCAGGCGGAGACCUGGCCAAGGUCAUGCGCGCGUGCUGCAUGAUCUCGAACUCCACCGCCAUCGCGGAAGUCUUCUCGCGCAUCGACCACAAGUUCGACUUGAUGUACUCGCCUCUCGGCCAACGUGAGUCUCUCAAAGUCUCAGGGUUGGGCCCCACGUCCAACCGCUUGAGGAAGCGCGCCUUCGUCCACCACUACGUCGGCGAAGGCAUGGAGGAGGGCGAGUUCUCCGAGGCCCGCGAGGACCUGGCGGCCCUGGAGAAGGACUACGAGGAGGACGCCCUCCAACAGCUUCCAGUCUUUCGACUUCCCUUCGCAGCCAUGCGUGAGGCCAUCUGCAUCCACAUCGGCCAGGGCGGCGUGCAGAUCGGAAAUGCCUGCUGGGAGCUCUUCUGCCUUGAGCAUGGCAUUCAGCCGGACGGGCAGAUGCCCAGUGACAAGACCAUCGGAGGCGGAGAUGACGCCCGGUUGAAAGAUGGUCGAGCUCGGGCGUCGGGAGUUGAGAGGACGACUAUGAGACGUACCAACCACCUGGCACGCAAGCACAAGGGCGAGGACAAGACGGCAUUCAACCGCAUCCGCGCCCAGCCAGCGGAGGCAGCGGUCGGACCCAUUCCUCUUCGUCAACAAGCAUGGACGUGUGCAAAGUGUCAGGGUGGACUUCCGUGCAUGGACAAGCAGGUUCUGCGAAAGUUUGCUUUGCAGCACUUGGCCAAAUGCUCCAAGCUCUCCAUGAUGCAAAAUCGGAAAAAGGUCGCCGCCUCUGGCUUGCUCCGUGAAAGGCACGCAGACGCUACGCACCACUUGGUCAAAGAAAGGGCUGCUGUUUUCAACAAAAGGCGCCAAAAGCUGGAAAAGAAAACCGGCCACAGGUUGUGCAUGGUGAACGCCAGAUACGGCAACUCUGCAACAGUCAUCACUUGUACUACUUGCACUUCGGUUUUCGAGGCAAUUGGCUCAGUCACGAGAGGCAAGUGCAGAGGCAGAAGCUUGCGAAAGUCGUUGCUCAGGCUCAAGCGGGCCCUCAUGACCAACAUCCAGGACAAGGACAGCGCCGGCCUCAAACGUCUGUGGACCGCUUGGGAGCUCAACAGUGACGAGCGCACCUUCGCGGCGAACCUCAUUGCCAAGCAGCAAGAGUGA